UGAAGGGAUUCUUGCAGUAGCCGAAGAGCCUGGACCCGGGCAGAGAAGGUGCUGGAGACCUUCUUUCCCUACCCUGCAGAAUCCUAAAAGCAGCCUCACAGUGCACAGCGAAUGUUACCUCUGCUGGGCAGCCCUUGCUGACAUCCACCGCUGCCAAUCAGGUCAUGCCUUCCUGGAGGACGGGGCGGUGCAGGGCCUGGCAUUCAGUGGUCAGUCGAGUGCCUACCACCAGCUGACCCUGAUCCCACCCCUGCCCCUCCGUGCCUCCAGACUCUCUAUCUCUUCCCCCUCUGCCUUGAGCUGCCAACAGUUUUCUGUCUUUUCUUUGAGAAUAAAUUUAUUGUUUUCAUUAUAAAAGCAACUGAACGGCGUCACGGAGAAUCUGGAAAUCAGAGAAACAAAGACAAAAACCAGAUCAGCUCCAGCCACCUCUCCCAGCCCUCCCUCUGGGUGUGGUUCCCUGCAGCUUGCUUUUUCUGACGCAGGUUUUUAUUUUUGCCUCCUUGUAAUCAUAGUGUCCGGACCAUUUUGGGUCCUGCUCUCUCCCAUUUGCUUUGUUGGGAGCUCGUUCCUCUGUGGCCAUGGGGUCUGGGCAGAUCGCAGUUUUUGAUGCCUGUGGGAUGGUUUGGGGAUGGGGGUGGGACAGGGUUGUUUAACCGCACCCUGCUGUCCUGCAGCGGGCAAGGCUAGUCACAUGCCACCCUGGGCUGCCUGUCUGCAUUGUGUCUGUUUGUCUGUACCUGGACCACCCCAGCCACCUGGUGUACCCCUUCUUCAGUGCCCCUUUAUGGAGCUUACAAGGCUGGCCUCAGGGGCCACCUUCCUGGGACACGGUCGUGGACAGAUCUGGUUUUAAAUCUAGACUUGGCUCUGCGACCUCAGGCAAGUUACUUAACCUCUCUGGACUUCAGUUUCCUCAUCUGUAUCAUGGGUCUAUUGCCCCAGUAAAAUAAUGCCCCAGUAAAAAUGCCCUGACACAGUUCCUGGCCCACCGUAAGUGCUCAAGAAAAGGUAGUCAAUAUUAUUGUGUUUUUUCAUUCCACAAAGAGUUUCUGAGACCACUCUGGGCUAGGUGCUGGAAUGGCAAAGAUGAAUGAGCACUAGUUAUACCUGUGAAGAGCUCGUGGUCUGGCAGGGAAGUCACCCAGGGAAACAGAUAAGCAUACCAAUCGGCGCUGGAGUGCUGGACCAGACCUGGGUGGUGUCCUAACUCCAUUACUUGCUAGCUGUGUGACUUUGGGGAGGUUGGUCAACCUCUCUGAGCUGCAGUUUCCUCUUCUGUUAAAUGCACAUCUCACAGGAUCAUUGGGAAGAUUCAGUGCCAUGAUGCAUAUGACACACUCAGCACAGUGCCUGGCACGUAGUAGGUGUUGAAAUCAAUAGUAGCUGCCAUUUUAUUAUUAUUGUUAUUGUUAUUGUUAUUCCCAUAUACAAGGUGCUGUUGGGAACACAGAGGAAGUGACUGACUGGGGGUUCAGGGAAAGCUCCGUAGAAGAGGGAACACUUGAGCUGGGUCUUGAAGGAUGAGUAGAAGUUCACCAAGUGGGAAAGGACACUCUAGGUCCCUGGCUCUGGGCUGCUCAUCCCUUACUUGAGGGGCAGGAGCAAGUGCUUUGCCCAAGAUCACACAGCCGGAUGGCCGAGCCUCGAUUUAACAACCCCUACUUCUGGCCCCCUCCUCCCACCAUGCCCAGCCAGCUGGACAACCUGGUCCUGAUUAACAAGAUCAAGGAGCAGCUGAUGGCGGAGAAGAUCCGGCCGCCUCACCUGCCGCCCACGUCGGCUUCGUCGCAGCAGCCGCUGCUGGUGCCGCCGGCGCCGGCCGAGAGCAGCCAAGCCGUCAUGUCGCUGCCCAAGCUGCAGCAGGUGCCGGGGCUGCACCCGCAGGCCGUGCCGCAGCCCGACGUGGCGCUGCACGCGCGGCCGGCCACCAGCACCGUCACAGGUCUGGGGCUCUCCUCCCGGACCCCGGCUGUGAGCACGUCCGAGUCGAGUGCAGGCACGGGGACCAGCACCCCGUCCACGCCUACCACCACCAGCCAGAGCCGCCUCAUCGCCUCGUCCCCCACCCUCAUCUCAGGGAUCACUAGCCCCCCCCUCCUGGACUCCAUCAAGACAAUCCAGGGCCAUGGCCUGCUUGGCCCCCCCAAGUCCGAGCGCGGCCGCAAAAAGAUCAAGGCGGAGAACCCAGGGGGGCCGCCCGUCCUCGUAGUCCCCUACCCUAUCCUGGCCUCGGGCGAGACUGCCAAGGAGGGCAAGACAUACAGGUGUAAGGUGUGCCCGCUGACCUUUUUCACCAAGUCUGAGAUGCAAAUUCACUCCAAGUCACACACCGAGGCCAAGCCCCACAAGUGCCCGCACUGCUCCAAGUCCUUUGCCAACGCCUCCUACCUGGCCCAGCACCUGCGCAUCCACCUGGGCGUCAAGCCCUACCACUGCUCCUACUGUGAUAAGUCCUUCCGACAGCUCUCCCACCUCCAGCAGCACACCAGAAUCCACACAGGCGACAGACCCUACAAGUGCCCACAUCCUGGCUGCGAAAAGGCUUUCACUCAGCUCUCCAACCUCCAGUCUCACCAGCGCCAGCACAACAAGGACAAGCCCUACAAGUGUCCCAACUGCUACCGGGCCUACUCGGACUCCGCGUCCCUGCAGAUCCACCUCUCCGCCCACGCCAUCAAGCACGCCAAGGCCUACUGCUGCAGCAUGUGCGGGCGGGCCUACACCUCGGAGACCUACCUGAUGAAGCACAUGUCCAAACACACGGUGGUGGAGCACCUGGUGAGCCAUCACUCGCCCCAGAGGACGGAGUCCCCCGGCAUCCCGGUGCGAAUUUCCCUCAUCUGAGCCGACCCAAGGCGCCGCCCCACCCUGCCCACUGGCAGACACAGACCCAGGCAGCACCAGGCCCCAGCUUCCUCCAGGGGCCCUCCAGGAACAGCCGAGCUCUCUCAUGACCUUCCUGACCUUCCAGAAAGCCUGGGCUGCAGAAGCCCUGCCCGGUCCAGCUCCGGGGGCGGCCAGGCCAACUGCAAGAUUCUGGACUGUUUUGGUGGCAUCCAAAGACGAUCUCAGAGCACUUUGAACCUCUCUGUUGGGUUUCUUUUUGUUCCCCACCCUCCACUUGCUUCACUGUUUUUGUUUUUAAGUUUGUUUUGGAAAUAACAAAAAAGAUAUUUAUUGGCCAAGAAGUUGGUGCUGCUAAGACCGAGAAAUGAAAAGAAUCGGACAGAUGGACACAGAGAACCAGAGGGCAGCGUGGGACCUUCUCUUGCCACAGCCUCAGGUCUUGAGGGAAGGCUCAGGCCUGGGUUUCUGGACUGCAAAGGGGACCCCCCCCCCAGGUGGGAGGGGACAGGAAGCAUCUGGAGUGAGCCACUCACCCCUAGGUGCCCAGCUCCAACCUCUCGGGCUACACCCUGGGCAUUACUGAGCAGAGGGAUGAGGCAGCUCCUGGGGCUGCCCGGGCUUCAGGAGGCAAAACAGGAGAGGGGCUGGGAGAUCCGCAGGACCAAAGGGUGCAGCGUUGGGCUGGGCUGGGCACAGGCCCAGGGAAAUGGGGUGAGGGUGGGCUGGGUAAGACCUGGCCCUCCACUGCCCUGAAGACCACCCCAGUCUACCUCGGUGCUGGCCAGGAAACCUAUUGGCUACCUCUCCCACCAUCCCAGACUGUGGGCAGGGGGGUGGGGAGGGAGUGGGCCUAGGCUUAGGACCCCCCCCUCCAGAAUUUCCUCCAGAUGGGGCAGUGCCCAGGGAGGGGUUAUGUGUCUUCCCUGUCAUGAAGGGGGGAAUCCCCAGUCCAGGCCCUAGGCCCCUCGGCAGGGAAGGGAUCCUCGGGGAGGAGGGUCCCAGGAGCAGACCCUGCCCUCAGCCCCCACAGACACACCCCGAUCUGAAAGCCAUGCGUGUCCAUGUAUAUAGGAACUAUGUACAGAGCCCGGAGAAGCCCCCCUUCAUCCCCCGGGGAAAAAAAAAAAAAAACUAGACAGAAACUCAUCUAUAUAUUCUGUAUCUGGAGUUCCGUUUUGAAUAUUAACUGUGUUAUUUUUAUACACUUUUUAAGCCUUAACUCGCCAUUGAUUUACCAGUUUAACGUUUCCUGGGGUUUUUUUUCCCAUGGGGUUCUCUGCCCCAGCCCCCACCCCUUUGUUUGACUUGCGUCGUCGGAUACUCAGUAUUGUAGCUUUUUGUCCGCAUGUUACUACCCUGUAAAUACGCUGUUAUACAUACUGUUAACACCCCAUUUGCUUUUUUCUAUGGGACCUCCAGGCCACCAUAUCUAGAACUAGUUACCUUAUUAAAAAAGAGAAAACAGUCUGUCGGCUUCUCAGUCUGCAUCUUGGUGGCAGGGAGGUGAGGGCAGGUGCCCCUCAAUGCUUCAGGAAACAGGUUUGCAUUCUAUUUAAGAGAAGGGGUGGGGAGCAAAAUAAAAAUCCAGUGUGGGGGAAGACACUACAUGGGGCGAGAGACCAAGAAUCCCAAACCCUCUGCUCUUUGUAUUUCUCUGUUGUGAAGAAUAAACUGUACCUGCACCUGG